UCCUCUACUUCUCCAAGUCAGAUUGGGAGGAAACAAAAGGGGAUUCCACCCCAGCUGUUUUAGCAGGCCUGAAUCAUCACAUCAAUGGACAGAUUUGUCCUUCUGUUCGAAGACCAGAGGUGAAUACUGAUGAGGUGUCCAAGGCAGCAGCAGACAGAGGUACAAGGAGCAGCUACACUUGAUUGUUUCCUUUUGCUUCAGUCCCCAGCUCUAGCAGGCACCACCACUGGCUCAGUCCCUCCAUCGGUCCGCACAGAGUGCCCUGCUUUUCCGGCAUGCCUUAGCACCUCUCCCAGUCACUAGCCUGGGACAACUAACAAAGUGAUGUCCUUUGAGAGGACAGCUUUCUGCUUCCACAACAUCUCUCGAGGAAAGGGACCAGAAGCCACUGAAGUCCAAACUCUUGAAGUUAGCCUGAAGUCAACAGAAAACAUCACACAGGAUCUGUAUGACCAGUCCAAGAGGGCUGCACAACUGAUUUGUGUUGCCAGGAAAUACACUGGGCCAUUCUGGGGCUGGGUCCUCAGCUAUUUUUGGCAAGGAGGGGUGGUAUGAAAAGAGACUUCCCCUUUUUGCAGCACAGAGUCACGAAAUGCUGGGCAGCCAAGAGGAUUUCUUAUUCUGAGAUCGCCCUUCUGAACACCUCUAGCUGCUAAAUUACCGAGGCCAUCAUUGCUUGAUUAGAUUUCUCAGCUCCAAGCAUUUGAUAAGCCCAGCAAGCUGGGGUGGCAUCGAUCCCGUGAUGGCUCCCCUUGUCAGCGGCUUCCUACUGGCGGUGUUGUUUUCUGCCAGCUGUAAUGUCAUCACCUCCUUGGAUCAGAUGUGCAUGGAGAAAGAAGCCAACAAAACAUAUAACUGUGAAAACUUAGGUCUCAGAGAAAUUCCUGACACUCUACCAAACACAACAGAAUUUUUGGAAUUUGCCUUUAAUUUCUUGCCCACAAUUCAAGCUACAACUUUCAGCAGACUAAUAUAUCUUAUCUUUUUGGAUUUAACCAGGUGCCAGAUUAACUGGAUACAUGAAGACACUUUUAAAAGCCAUCAUCAACUGAACACAAUUGUGUUGACUGGAAAUCCUCUGAUAUUCAUGGCAGAAACAUCACUUAAUGGGCCAAAGUCCCUGAAGCAUCUUUUCUUAAUUCAAACAGGAAUAUCCAAUCUCGAGUUUAUUCCAGUGCACAAUCUGGAAAACUUGGAAAGUUUGUAUCUAGGAAGCAACCAUAUUUCCUCCAUUAAGCUCCCAGAGAACUUCUCAGCACAGAAUCUGAAAGUUCUGGAUUUUGAGAAUAAUGCUAUACAUUACCUUUCUAAUAAAGACAUGAAUGCUCUGGAGCAGGCCACCAACCUAAGCCUUAACUUCAAUGGCAAUGACAUUAAAAGCAUUGAGACUGGGGCCUUCCAUUCAAAAGUCUUCCAAAGUUUAAACUUUGGCGGGACUUUUGACUUGUCUAUUAUAAUAAAAGGUCUACAGAACUCUACUACUCAUUCUCUCUGGCUGGGGGCAUAUGAGGACACUGAAAAUCAAGACCUUACCCCAGCCAUGCUUGAGGGACUUUGUGAAAUGUCUGUUGAGAGCAUCAACCUUCAGAAACACCAUUUCUCAGGCUUGUCAUCUACCACAUUCCAGUGCUUCACACGACUCCAGGAAUUGGAUCUGACGGCAGCUCAUUUGGAAGAGUUACCUUCUGGGAUUGAGGGCAUGAACUCUCUCAAGAAAUUAGUUCUCAAUAUAAAUAAUUUUGACCAAUUGUGUCAAAUCAAUGCUGCCAGUUUCCCAUCCCUUACAGACCUUUAUAUCAAAGGCAAUCUGAAAAAACUUGACCUCGGUGCUGGGUGUUUGGAAAAACUAGAAAAUCUUCGGAGACUUGAUUUAAGCCAUAGUGAGAUAGAGGCUUCUGACUGCUGCAACCUGGCACUCAGAAACCUUGUCCACUUGCAGUACCUAAACCUGAGCUACAAUAUGCCCAUCGGUCUCCAGAGUCAGGCGUUCAAAGAAUGUCCCAAGCUAGAAAUCCUGGAUUUGGCAUUUACGCACCUGCACAUUAGUGCUUCACAAAGUCCUUUCCAAGACCUCCGUCUCCUGCAGACCCUGAAUCUCUCUCACUGCCGCGUUGACACUGGUAAUCAGCACCUUCUAGAAGGCCUCCUGGAUCUCCGGCAUCUGAAUUUACAGGGAAAUUCCUUUCAAGAUGGGAGCAUCUCAAAGACCAACCUACUUCAGACAGUAGGCAGUUUGGAAACUCUGAUUUUAUCCUCCUGUGAGCUCCUCAGUAUAGACCAGCAAGCAUUCCACAGCCUUAGAAACAUAAGUCACAUAGACCUGAGCCACAACAGCCUGACUGGAAACAGCAUUGAUGCUCUUAGACAUCUUAAGGGGAUCUACCUCAAUCUAGCCGCCAAUAGCAUCAGCAUCAUCCCACCCCAUCUCCUCCCCAUCUUGUCCCAGCAGAGCACCAUUAAUUUAAGUCACAAUCCCCUGGACUGCACUUGCUCAAAUUUCCAUUUCAUAACAUGGUACAAAGAAAACCUGCAAAAACUUGAGGGCUCGGAGGAGACAGUGUGUGCAAACCCCCCACCUUUAAAGGGAGUUAAGCUGCAUGAGGUCAAACUCUCCUGUGGGAUUACAACUGUGGGCAUUUUUUUUCUUGUAGUAAUUUUACUACUGUUCAUCAUUCUGCUUAGUUUUUCAGUUAAAUUCUUUUUUAGGUGGAAAUACCAGCACCUUUAGUGCUAAAGGUCUCUAGAGAUGGCAAAUAAAUGUAUUUAGCAAAAUUGCCUUAAGUAGAGAAACUAUUGUCUGUCAGUGACCAACUUUACAGGUUAGUUUCUGGCACUGAGCAAGGAUUUACUGUGCUUUUCUGAAUCCUAGAACUAAUGAAACUCCCUGAAAAGUAAACUGAAUAAGACCAGAGGGCCAGAGACAGCUGUGAGAGAUGCAAAGCCCUUUCCUCACAUGGAGGGCAGGUGGAAGUUGAGGGAGGACUGUGGGCAGGGAAAGGCCCGAAGAGUAACCUACGAGGAGGCCGUCUCUCUUACACUCACAGACAUCCUCUGAAGCACCUUCUACUCUGACCUUGAAAGGAGACCAUCAACACCCUCUUGCUGAGGACCCCAGCUCCCAACUCUCUCUUCUAUAUUUCAGGUAUCAUACUUGGAUCUGAGUUCUCAGUAAUGAAGUCCUUUGAGAAACUUACUGGGGAUAAAGUCUUCAUGUUUGUUUUACAUGGAAAAGGAAAAUAAUGAAUUUAAAUAAGUGACUGAGAAAUAA